AGCGACGGAGAAGUUGCGAGACUUCCGCUCCCCAGCACACUUCCACACUUCAUCUGCACAAGCGCUCGUGUGGUCCACGUGGUUUCGCUUGAGGUAGGAUCUCACAGAAACGCGAUCGACAAGCCGUCUGAUGGCUGACAAAGAGGAAAAGCCCAUUGGCGAGGAGGAAGAUGAGACGGACCUCAACUACGUCCCGCCGGCCCAGAAGUCUUUGCAAGAGAUUCAGGAAUUGGACAAGGAAGAUGAGAGUCUGACCAAAUACAAGCAAACCCUGCUGGGGGCGGGGCCAGUGGUCUUAGAUCCCACCGUCCCUAAUGUCCAGGUAACCAGACUGACCCUGAUAUGUGAACAGGCUCCCGGACCAAUCACCAUGGACCUUGCAGGAGACCUGGAGGCUCUCAAAAAGCAGGGCUUCACCAUGAAGGAAGGAGUGGAGUACAGAGUCAAGAUACACUUCAAGGUAAACAGAGACAUCGUUGCUGGACUGAAGUACAUCCAUCUGACCUACAGAAAAGGACUAAGAGUGGACAAAGCGGUGUACAUGGUGGGCAGCUACGGCCCGCGGGUGGAGGAGCAUGAGUUCAUCACCCCGGUGGAGGAGGCGCCCAAGGGCAUGGUGGUCCGUGGCAGCUACCACAUCAAGUCCUUCUUCACCGACGACGACAAGACGAACCACCUCUCCUGGGAGUGGAACCUCAACAUCAAGAAGGACUGGAACGAGUAGAUAGAUGGAGGGAACAGAGAGACAGAGAGAGGAAACACACUUAUCUUAUUCCCUACGUUAAUGUCUUUUGUUGCGGUCUUCAAUUGCUUCUCUCUUCUUCUUCGAUCAACGCGCUGUCCCUCAGGAGUUUAUCUCCCCAUUUAGAGGAGUGAGACCACUAGAGAAAGAGUGAGACUGUAGAUUUCUUACAUCUCUCCCUCUCUCUCAUCGUCCCGUCCACCUUUACCCACCUAUUAGUUUGUAUCUCUCUCUGGCGGGAGGGGGAAAACCUCCCUCACCAGUGAGACUAGUAGGACAAAUAAAAAAGGGAGCACCUCCUCUCCUACUUAUCCUCCUCUCUCUGUCACCCGUUUUUUCCCUUCAUCUCAUUUCCCAUCCUUUUGUUCCUCUCUGGUACCUCCAACUUCACCUCCCUCGCUCUCCUCUUCAGCUCUACUGUCCUGCCUGUUCCCAUCCGUCCAUCCUCCUCCCUCCAUCUCCAUUUGCAUCUCUCCUACCUUCAUCAUCUUCAUCCUCACCCCCAGACUAUACGCGUGAGCAGAUAAGCGAUGAAGAAAGUCACGGCACAGUUACACCUGGACAGAUAACUAGACAAACCUUUUCAUAUUACAUUGAAUCAAACGAGGGGGUCCUACAGAAUGGAUGAGAGCGUGGGUUGGUGGGUCGUGACAGUCCUCCGGAAAGGCAAGCCGCCCGCAAUAAUAGUGUUCCCGUGAGCAAUCUUGACAUUUGGAAAAUGUGACCCCCCCCCAACAAAAAAAAAUGGUGAGGUGAUAAACGUUAAUAUGAGGUGUGUCUGGAUGCUGGUAAUGAAUCCACUCACGGUGCUUACUCCUUAGUAAGCGCUGCAGUGUGCUAGCUGGGAGCACUUUUGCAAAUGAACACCGGUAAUACGACAGAAAGACAAAUGAGCUGUGGGACACACUCGACUAUGGGAGGUUUAAAGUCGCGUACGUAUUGAGAUUAAUGACUAUUGCCAUUGAGAUGGUGUGUGUGUGUGUGUGUGUGUGUGUACUGUAUGACUACUGCAUACUGUUUGUUGGCGGGCAGGCAUCUGAGCUGAGACAAAACCAUGAUAGAAAAAUUAAGGUCAAAAAUCUGACUACUCAUGAAUGUCCAAGGCUCAGUACAGGAUAUAAUACACUCAGCGGGCAAAAUAUAAUUGAGUAAAAAUUCCCAUUUUGUACAAUCCACAAUUCAGUUUUGUUAAACGAUUAUUCAUAUUUUGUGAGACACAAGCUGAAGACGACGUAGUGUAAAGUAGUGAGUUAGCGCAGAUAGUCUAAGUGUACAUACAAAACAAUAAUAAUCUAGAAAUACGGACAACUUUCUUCUAUUACGUCUGUCCUUGAGACCUUCCCUCGUUCCCACCCAGUUUCAAUGAUAACAAAGGAGCUGAAAACAAAACUGUACGUACCCGAUAUACUGAAUGUCUUACUUCCGUUUGUUUUUCUUAUCCCCUCAUAUCAUAACGACUACCUAAAGCUUUAAUAGUAUCUAGUAUCAUCUCUUCUGAUGGGCCACAGAUGGACUCACCUUCGGCGUGAGGCUGCGUUCUGUCAAACGGGAGGUUGGACUAUGCAUUAGGACGGUAGCGGUUUUCCAGUAAGAUGGAUGGAUGGUUUUCUUUUCUUUUCUCUCGCUGUGAUUUUUUUUCUUAUUACAGUUCAUGCAUUUGUGGAGGUAGAUUACGGCAUUAGGUUUCUUAAUCAUUUGUGUUCAAUUAAGUUGUACCGUUUAAUCGUGGCAAAUGAUGCAAACGAACCGAACUAUAGAGAAGAGCGUCACGCUCGUAAAGGAAAAACUAAGAGCUGAAAUUAACCCGACGUUCGGACGGACAGGCCCGCACUGUUUUUAACUCUGACAUUAAAAGAUAUGUUGUCAUGUUGACCUGUACAUACCUGUGCUAAAAACAUAACCAGAACUAAAUUUUAAAAAAGAAAGAAAAAAGAAACCCCCCCCCCCCAAGCGACGAAUCUACAGGGAUGAAAAGUUGCGCGGACGACAAACACAAAAUGUUACUUCGACGUACCCACAGAUUUUCAAGGACUCUGAGUGGCGGUUCGUUGUAGAGAAGGACGAGACGCCGUGUACGAGGUGUGGAAGGUCAUCAUGGAGUCUGGUGGAAGAACGUAGUCGGACGGCGCGUACGAUAGAAUGAGCUGCAUGGCUGUUCGUUAGCGUUUUGAUGUUGUUCGAUGAAAUGAAACAAACCGACUCCCCCCCCCGUUUGAAACCUCGCCGCCGUACGAAGGACAAAACGUGGCUAGUCGACCUGAAUUCGACCGUUGGGAGAGUUGCCGUUGUAUGAUCGAUGGAUAAUAACGCGUUACCCCCCUCGUCUAAAUUAUACAAAGUGCUCCCUGAAAGCUGUUCUGGAAGAGCUGAAAAGCGCCCCUACUCUCUGUGUAAAGUCUUUGGAUAUGAUCUUGUCAUUGUUGCUCAACAUGAUAUUGAACAUUUGAAAUGCCAUUUUAAAAUGAUUGUGGUCUAAGAAUAACUGUAAAUGUUGGCUUGUUGGUUGUUGCAUGGUAUAUCAAGAUUUUCUCUUCCUUUUUUUAAGAAUUAACUGUAAAAUUUACUGUGAUUUGAAAAAAAGAAAAAGAAAGUGAGACAUUAUAUGGAGGUAGAUGGCUGCCUACAGGUAUUUACAGGGAUUUUUUUAAUGGCGCCAUCCAAUUAAAAAAAAAAACAAAAAAAAACAGCACAGUGGUCUGUGUCUGGGUGGUCUCAAGCCCCGGCCUGUAAUGAAUAAUCGCUGCAUCUUAAAAUGUCGGUGUCGAAUCUAGUCAAGCAUCCUGUAUCUUUUAAUAAAGAUAAUUCAAACAAUGUCUGCACUGCA